AUGAGCCAACACGUCGUGGUCGAGAACGGAGUACGGAGCAAUCGUGGUGCUGGUGCUGGUGGUGUUAAGCUCGGCCAACAACACACACACCAUCAAUCACCAUCACCCUCAACCAUCAAUCAUGACAACGGCAACGGCUGCGUCUUCCGUUGGACAGCAACCGCCUGCAAAUAUCGAGCUAUAGCUAAGCCCUUCUCGCGACUGUAUUUACCAACUUCCUCCUUCGUUGUCGUUGCGGAGGUCAUAUCCUCAGAGAUAAACUAUCUCCACCAGCCCAAAUCGCCGCUUGCAAAUGGCUAUGAUAUCUUUGUCAAGGAGGAUGGGGGUUUGUUUGAUGCAUGCUGUCGAUACCUAUGUCACCAUGCUGCGGUAAUGCUUUUGAUGGAAUACCGAUCUUUCGUCGUCUCCAUCAUAUCCGAUCGGUGCGGCGAACACCGACCGUGGAUACCGCAACCUGCGGUCGACAACCACCAAGACAACACAAAGACCCGACUAAACGUCGACUAUUCGACCCUAUAUCCGAUGGCUAUCUAG